ACUUUCCAACCAAACACGGCCUUAACCCCUACUCCCAAUCUCUAUAUAAACCCCCACGGUAUUCCCGAGCUCCUUUCGAGAUCCAGCCAUGGAGGACUGAGUAUUUUUCAUUUUGUAAAAAGAGUAAUAAAAUGCUGGUGUCGAUAUUUCUUGCUCUGUUUCUUCCUUGUGCUGGAAUGAGUGCAAUUUUUCUGGUCUACGUCUGCCUGCUUUGCCACUCUGCGGUUUCGCCGGAGAUGGAGAUUCCGGCGGCGCCGGUGAAGGGGAAAGUGGAGAAGGGACUGUCGCCGUCCGAUCUUGAGAAGCUCCCAAAAGUGAACGGCAGGGAUUUAGUGCUCGGUACGGACUGCGUCGUCUGCCUCGACGAGAUCGAGAGCCACCAGCCGGCUAAAAUCAUCCCCGGCUGCAACCACGGCUUCCACGCCGACUGCGCCGACGCCUGGCUCUCGAAGAACAACGUUUGCCCUGUCUGCCGCGCUCGCAUUGGACCUGAGCUCCUGGGACCUCCCGACUCCAAUCCCUGCUGAACUCGGCUCGUCGGCUUCCCUGCAGCCGUAGCCGUAGCCAUUAUUGAAUCUCUCUCUCUAUAUAUAUAUUUAUAUGUGAUCAUUCUUUCUAGGAAUUUUUUAGUAUUAUUAUUUAUAUUGUAGUGUUUAUGCAGAAAAAUUAUAAUUUGAAUUGAAAUUUUUUGUUUUUUGAAUUUAUGUAUUUAAAUUAAUUUUGGGUUCACGAUAGUAACGUGGAGAAAGAGGGAAAAGAAAGGUGUAGUGUAGGAGAAUGUGAAUUUGGGAUGAAACGACGGCGUUUUGGCGUGAAUCAGUUGCGCUUUAAUUGCUAGCUGCACAUUUACAAGCAAAGUCGAGAUUUUCGUUGCGGCUUGUACAGGGGCAAAUCAGACAAUUCACUUUUUUGCCAAGGCAGUUGCAACGAUUUCCAGGUGUAGGUGUAAGUGUAAGCUGCAGCGGGCAUUAGAAAUAUGAGUACACAGAAGGAAAGAGAUACUGGAAUAUACCGAGGUUAAAAUUAUUACACAGAGGAAUCUCCUCAGUUACAGCUGUGAGCGCCACUGAGCUGUCGAUUGUUCGUCCGCCACGUGGACGGUGAGGAUUGAUUGGCGAUUCACGGCCUUUGUCUAGCUGGCCUCCACACAUAUAUACGUAUAUUUGGUGCAGACAUCUGCGAUGCCCAAUGAAUUCCUUCGAGUGUGUUUGGACGUAAUACAAAGGUUUAUUCUCCAGAAUUUUCAAACUUUUUGGAAAUAUUUGUGCUUGU